AUCCGCGUUGACACAGCACCACCACCUUGCUGCAGUGCGACUUCUCCGAGCCCUUCUCUGCUCCUCUGUAGCCUGCAGCUGCUUCAUCCAUACGCUGCACUUGCACUAACAUUGUGCAAACCCUGCUCCGCGUAAAAGCACGUCGGCGCCUUUGUUCGUUGGGCUCAUUCACGCCCUACAGCAGCCUGACCCUCAAAACGCCAUCCCGCCCCAUCGUCACAACUUUCGACCCGCACCCAACUACCACCUCCUCCCCAACAGGCCAACCUCUUCAAGGUUGAACCUCCCGCAAUCAUGACGACAAUGGAUCUCCGUGUCGGCAACAAGUACAGAAUUGGCCGCAAGAUUGGUAGCGGCAGUUUCGGUGACAUUUAUCUCGGCACCAAUAUCAUCUCCGGUGAGGAGAUCGCCAUCAAGCUCGAGAGCGUCAAGGCCAAGCACCCCCAGCUCGAAUAUGAGGCCCGCGUCUACAAGUCGCUCGCCGGCGGUGUCGGUAUCCCCUUUGUUCGCUGGUUCGGCACCGAGUGCGAUUACAACGCCAUGGUUCUGGACCUGCUCGGCCCGUCCCUUGAGGAUCUGUUUAACUUCUGCAACCGCAAGUUCUCCCUCAAGACCGUCCUGCUGCUCGCCGACCAGCUCAUCUCCCGCAUCGAGUACAUCCACGCUAAGUCGUUUAUCCACCGUGAUAUCAAGCCCGACAACUUCCUCAUGGGCAUUGGCAAGCGCGGCAACCAGGUCAACGUCAUCGACUUCGGUCUUGCCAAGAAGUACCGUGACCCCAAGACUCACUUCCACAUUCCUUACCGUGAGAACAAGAACUUGACUGGUACCGCCCGUUAUGCCAGCAUCAACACCCACUUGGGUGUCGAACAAUCCCGCCGUGACGACAUGGAGUCUUUGGGCUACGUCAUGCUCUACUUCUGCCGCGGCUCCCUCCCCUGGCAGGGUCUUAAGGCGGCCACCAAGAAGCAGAAAUACGACCGCAUCAUGGAGAAGAAGAUGACGACUCCCACCGAGGUCCUUUGCCGUGGCUUCCCCAACGAGUUCGCCAUCUACCUCAACUACACGCGCUCGCUUCGCUUCGACGACAAGCCCGACUACUCGUACCUGCGCAAGAUCUUCCGCGACCUCUUCGUUCGUGAAGGCUUCCAGUACGACUACGUGUUCGACUGGACCGUCUACAAGUACCAGAAGAACGCCCAGGCCAUCGCCCAGGCUGCCAACCAGGGCCAGGGCGAAGAGGACGACAAGGGCCGCGGACGUCACGUAACCACCACCGCUGCUGCUAACGCUGGUACUGCAGCUGGCACCAAGCGUGGACCGGUCAACGCACGCCAGGAGGGCACCGGAAUGUGA